UUUUUGAUCAGUCCAAAACUUUCGAUAUUAUCCCCAAAAGCCUGCUCUGUUGUCCUGUCCUGAGACCUCCAAAAAUAAAAUCCUAGGAAAUAUCAACCACACUUGCAUAAAAUCUUCUUCUUCCUACUUGAAAAAUUUGCCAGGUCCAUUCCAGGAUAUCCGAAUAUGCGCUUGGACUAAUUCCAGAGAAAAUAAUUGCUUUGGCUUCACCACCUCCCUGGUCUCAAGUGUUUGUGUUUCCCCCUACAUGUAAUUAUUUUCUGUUCUUCAAAGGAAUCGCCCACAGAAUCUGUGUAAGAAGCGGUAUAUUUGUAUAUGAAACUAUUAAUUAGAUUGGUAUUAAAAUUUGAUUCUUUAAAUUAAUAUUAAUUAAAAAAAAAAAAAGGGACUGCAUUGUGAUCUUUAAUUUGUACAUUCUUGUCGUGUAUUGAAAAAACUUCGAAGAGAUUUAUAAAUAAUGGAAGAGGGAGGUCAAAGAGUGGUGGUGGUGAUGGAUGCAUCAAGGGAUGUUAGUCCGAGCACAAUCAAUGGAAUCCUGAAGGGCUUAUCUCUUAAACCUGGAGAUGCACUUAAAUUUCUUGGAGUUCUUCACCAGGUUAAUAAGCCUACUACCUUAUCUUUCAUGGGAGCUGGAAAAAUCUUGGGAUACAAGAUAAAAGAAGAUUCAAGAUCAAUAUUUGCAACGAACCAGAAAAUCAGUAAAGAAGAAAUUUCCAAGAGGAGGGAAGAGUACUAUAACAAUGAGGAGAUUAUGAAUAUUUCCAGGCAAUGCGAAACAGAAAAGGUUGAGUUUCAUGUGGAGGUUCCUGCAGGAUCUUCUCUGAAGAUGAUUGCUGUGAAAGCCAUAAAAAUUUUUAAUGCAACAUCUGUGAUACUUGAUAGGCACAUAAAGAAGGACAAAAGAUACUUCUUGGAGAAGCUCUCAUGCAGAAUUUCAAGAGUGAAAAGGGAUAACUCUGUGGAAGAGUUAAGAGGAGCCAUACCAAAAUCUGGAAAAACAGAAUCUCAGGAUGAAAAAGGCUCUAAUGCUCACCUCGUUACAUAUGAUGAAAUGAUUCCAGAAAUGAUUUCAGCAACUCCACGCACUGUUUUUCCUCCUAAAAAAUCUCAGAAUUCUUAUAAGACAAAUUUAGUUGAAGAACAAGCAUAUGAAGACUGUGGAGAACCCCCAUGGCGAAACAAUAGAAAAUCUUCAUUGACUACAGAAUCAAACACUGAAGCUUCAAGACUUUCUGUUUCUGCAAUACCUCUUCAAGAGGGAGAAGAAUGCCUUAUAGGCUUUGCAAAACAAGCAGUUGAUGAUCAAGAAAAUGGUGCUCAAAACAAGAGUCUGGAAGAAAUUUAUAGCACAAAAACCCCAGAUGAAAAAGGAGGUUGGAUUAUGGGAUGGAGUCCAACAUAUAAAGAAUUUCGAAACUCAAGUUGCUCGCUUUGCGAUAAUACAAGACCGAAAAUAAGAUCCAGAAGAGACUUCAGAUAUGCCGAACUCCACAGAGCUACAGAUGGAUUUUCUUCCGAGAACUAUCUAUCAGAAGGAGGGUUUGGUUCUGUGUUCGAAGGAGAGAUAGAUGGGGUGAAGAUUGCAGUGAAGCAACACAAACAUGCCAGCCUCCAGGGGGAGAAGGAGUUCAAGUCUGAAGUUCAGGUUUUGACCAAAGCCAGACAUGAGAAUUUGGUGAUAUUGUUGGGGUCUUGUGCAGAAGGAAAUCACAGGCUGCUCGUCUAUGAAUACGUCUGUAAUGGUUCACUAGAUCAACAUCUAUCAAGGCACGCCCAAAUAAUUCUCAGUUGGGAGAACAGGCUGAAAAUAGCAGAUGGAGCUGCCAAAGGAUUACAAUAUCUCCAUGCAAACAACAUCAUCCACAGAGAUAUGAGGCCAAACAACAUUCUUGUCACCCAUGAUUAUGAACCGCUGCUGGGAGAUUUUGGUCUUGCAAGAACUACUCAAUGUGGAGACACUGAUAACUCAGACACUGGAGUUGUAGGAACUUUGGGAUACUUGGCACCAGAAUAUGCAGAAUGUGGGAGAGUUUCAAAAAAAACAGAUGUUUAUUCCUUUGGAGUGGUGUUGUUACAGCUAAUUACUGGACUCAAGACUACAGAUAAAGAGCUUGAAGAGAAAAGUCUUGUGGGGUGGGCAAGGCCACUAUUAGAAAAAAAGAACUAUCCAAAUCUGAUUGACCCCAGGAUCACAGAUUUGCAUGAUGUUCAUCAACUCCUUUGGAUGGUUCGACUGGUAGAAAGCUGUCUCAGCAAGGAUCCUGAGGAGAGACCACCUAUGGAUAAGGUGGUUGAGGUUUUAAAUUUAAUAAGAGAAGGCACAGAAGCUUGCAAUAUAAGCGGGUUCUCUGCAGCGCUAUCCGAUUCUGGAAGUAGCUUGGCGGUCUCCUCUGAAUCGCCAUUACAGCCGGAGGAUGAUGAAAGCUUUAGUGUAGAAAGCACAAAGAUCACCAGCGGUAGCAGCUCAAACCAGAUGAGCUAUAUAGCAAAACUACCGCCAAGCCAACAACAAGAUUAGGCCACCAAAUAUUUGACCCUUCUAGCUCCUCCAUUGCGAUCACCAGCAGUUUCAUCAGAAAGAUCAACUGAAAAUUAUCAUCACAAGAGAGAUAAAAGUAGAGGUGGAGGAGAACCUUUCAAUGAGACCAUGGAUUAGAGGGAGUCGAACAAGCUAAUCAUAAUUAUUGUUAGUUAAUCAGAUAAUAGAUGAAAUAAAUGCCAUGGUUACUUAAUUUUGUAAUAAAUCAUAGUAGUAUAAAUAAAAAUGAAUUAAUAUUUAAAACAAAAA